AUGGCUGCGGGAAGAGCGCAUUUAGUCAGAGAGUGCCCUGCUAAGAGCGAGAAGAAGUGGUGUAACUAUCACAAAAGUACAACACACUCGGAUAGCACCUGCAGAAGUCAGCAAAAGAGCAAAGACCAAGCCAAACAGGAGUCGGAGAAAGAAAACGCCUCUAAGGAUGAACAUUCAUUUGCAUUCAAAGUUAACGACGAAGCAACGGGGAAAAUCAAUCGAAUGGGAAUGUUGGUUGACACAGGUGCCACUUCUCACAUUGUUACAACUGAUAUUUUAAAGCAAAUAGACAUGACAUUUAAACCAUCAAAACAUUUCAUUGAACUGGCUGAUGGCACACGAGCCAGUAAUAUUGCAUUGAAACGAGGGGAUGCUGAAGUGUUUCAGAAAGAUACAAAUGGAAAAUGUGUGAAAACGGUGCUGAAAAAACGCCUUAUAUAUACCAUCCUAUCCUCAAGAUAUUUUCUCAGUGAAGGCAGCCACAUCAAAUGGAGCCGAGCUUCGAUUUGCCCAAGAUUCUGGUGAGCUAACCCUUGAAGAUGAUACCAUUGUUGAAAUUGAAGAACAUGGACGGUUGUACUAUUUGACUUCCAUAGGCAGUCAUGAGAACGAUAGCGUAAGUGAAGUAGAUAAAGUAAAUCUCUCAUAUGAUAUUAACACAUGGCAUGAAAUCCUAGGUCACUGCAAUUUUGAAGAUAUUAUAAAACUACAGGGGGUAGUUAAGGGCAUGAAAUUCUCAGGUAAAAUUGAAUCAUCUAAGUUAGGUUGUAAUACAUGUGUAGAAGGAAAAUUUGUAAACAGCAGGAGGAGGAUUCCUGAUGCAAAAUCUCAAAAAUCAUUGGAGAAAGUGCAUGUGGAUUAGGCAGGUCCAGUUUCUCCUGUAUCAAGAGAGGGGUUUAAGUACUGCAUAGCUUUUACUGACGAUUUCUCAGGAGCAGUAUUCAUUUACUUUCUGAAAUGUAAAAGUGACACUUUUGUAGCAACAGAGAAAUUUCUAGCAGGCAUCACUCCUUAUGGCAAGGUAAGUUGCAUCCGUUCUGACAAUGGCUCAGAAUUUACAGGUAAGGCGUUUCAAACACUACUAAGGGAGCGUGGCAUAAAACAUGAAACUUCUGCUCCCUACUCGCCACACCAGAAUGGCACCGCCGAAAGGCACUGGCGCACAUUGUUCGAAAUGGGCCGAUGUCUUCGUCUUCAAUCAGGGUUACCCAAAACUCUCUGGCUCUAUGCAAUUCAAACCGCAGCUCACAUUAGGAAUAGAUAUUUUAAUAAGAGAACAAAGACAACACCCUACUUUAGCCUUACUGGGAAAGUACCUGAUCUUUCUAAAAUGUGGAUCUUUGGAUCUGAAUGUUUUGCUUACGAACAGGAGCAUAAGAAAUUAGACUCAAGAUGCAGCAAGGGGGUAUUUGUGGGAUACGACAAAAAUAGCCCUUCUUACCUAGUGUACUACCCACAAAAUGGGAAAAUCAUGAAACAUCGACUCAUUAGAUUCAUCAAGAAAGGUAGUGUGGAACAGCACACAAACUGA